AUAUCGAUUUAUAUAUUGAUACAGUUUGAAUAUUUACUGUCAUCUCUAAAUCAUUAUUAUAUCAAGAGCAGACGCCAUUUAAAUUAAUUAAUUAAUAUUAACAGACGACUUCCCCUAUUUUAAGUACCAUCAAAGUUGGCUGUAACUUGUGGCUCUCAACUGUCACUUCUUGACCAUUAAUUUGUGGCGAAUAGACGUCUUGAUUGUCCUGCAUAAUCCAUUGCGACUUGGAGGGUCGUCAUUCGGGUUUUUGUCGCUCAUUUCAGGUUGUGAAGAUAUCGCUUACACUAUUUGGGUUUUAGACUCUUUGGAAUAUUCGUACUUCUUUCAACAUUUCAGAUCAUUUCCCUUGAUUUUUGCUGCUUCAUCGCCUCUUGAAGAUCUCAUUAAGCCUAAAAAUGUUCCAGUUUAAAAAUUCUCGCAUGGAUAUCGACAGGGUUAGCCUAAUCUGUAGCGAAGGCAUCUUGCUGGCCACCAAUUCUAAGAAUCAUAUUAUUUGCGGGCUAGAUGAGCGAAUUUACUGCUGUGUUCCUCAUACCAAUUAUUAUCGUGACUUAAUCCAGGAGGUGGGCAUCCUGGCGGAUUACCAAACCCGAGAUCGUGGCCAGAAGAUGACCGUAACUCAAAUGAAAGAUGUUUUGCAUCGCAAAUAUGAUGCGUCCGAGUCUAUGGAUAUAUUGUUAGCUGGACAGGAUAGCAAGGGAUUGCAUAUCUAUAAUAUGGGUCUGAAUAGUGAAUCCACAAACCUCGUGUAUGCUGUCAAGGGAAAUCAGGGCAUGGAAGAUGCCUAUCAAUACUUGACGGAACACUGGCAGGAGUCCAUGAAUAUCCAGAAUGCCGAGCAAAUGGCCCGAAAGGUACUUCAAGUGGGGGAGUCUGAUUUUGUGGACAUGUGCUUUAUCUAUAAGACGAGGACCAUGGAGAUUGAUGAAAGCAACCAGGAGGAAUCUUUGGAGGCACUCUCUCCAUAAAUAGAUUCGUCGAAUCGUGAGAGGAUGCCCUCUUAAAUACAAUCUUGAUGAUGAUUCCCCCAGUAA